GGCAUUUGCAAGAGCUGUCAAUCCUCAUGCGGGAGAAGGCGGGUGGUCAUUGCACACAACUACACCUGGACUGCUUGUCCAUGCCGUUCGUAAAUACGGGUGGCGCUUCAUCCCAAAUCAAGUGAUGCCUCCUCUUCUGGCAAAUGCAGGGAUUGGAGCUGUCCUUUACACCUCUUAUCUUCAGGUUCUCGGCGCCUUACAUGAACCAAUGUCACGCGGUGUUAGGCGCAUAUACCCCCCUGCCCCUCCGUCAGAUACAUUUGUGGCAGGGUUUGCGGCAGGUACCAUUCAGUCAAUUGUUGCUGCACCUUUAGACGCCUUACAGAUCCGUCUUCGAGCCAAUGAUAUGCUCGAUGGCCAAUACCGGCAUAUGUGGCAUUAUGGACAACAUAAACUCAAGCAAAUUGGCAUACGUGGAAUUUUUGCAGGCUGGAGCUUGUCUUUCCUAAGAGAUUCCCUGGGAUAUGCCAUCUUUUUCUCAUCGUUCGAGUAUAUUAAGUCGCAGGCAUAUUACUCAUUCAUUACGGGAUAUUAUGGCUCUUUGGGCGCGCAUAAUGUUGACAAAAUGCAGCCAUCUGGGUCAAGUGAUCGCGGUGUACCACUAAUAAAACCCCACUACGCCCUGGAGCCAUGUUUUCUAAUGAUGGCAGGUGUCGCAGCAUCUAUAGCCCAGCAGGCGAUACAGCACCCACUCAGCGUGAUACAAACCCUUCAUUUUGGUCGCUUGGAAUAUCUUGAUCGUCAAGCCAGCCUUGACCCUUCGAGGAAACAAAUGCUGCGCCUUUAUUACUCUGCAUAUCGGGAAACAUACAAACGAUGCAAAAGGAAGGCUGUACGGGCUGGUGGCUGGGGCAGAUGGCUGUUUCGUGGGUUUUUGUCGAAUGCGGUCCGCCAAGUGCCCAGCACGAGCACUGGUCUUGUGAUAUUUGAAUUGUUAGCCCGGAUAUUCUAGGUAGGAGACUACCAUACAGAAGUAUGACCUCAUGAUGAGGAGACACCCUGUAUCACAGUACCUAAUGAAGAAAUAAAAUAACAAGAGCUUGCUUCGAGUGAUAUAAGAACAUAGAUUUUGGAGCAACAGAAAAGACUGUCUGCAAUUAGCACAGUGAGACCAUUCCCAUACCUUAGGGACAUUUC